UGUACGUGGACAGCCUGAGAGGCUAAACCCAGGGCUGCAAUCUAAGCGGAGCCUGUAGUAUUGACAGAGCGAGGAGGAAAUAACUAAGUAUUUCACAGACUAUUAUCAAGUAGCUAUCGCGUACCAGUUUUGUUAUUGGUUACAUAUUAUUUAGAGGUGAAUUAGCUGACAAACAUAGCCUCGCAUCGGCUGUACCCGUUUCUGUCGGACUGGGCGGCCGGAGCCCCAAACUCGAGGUUACAGCAGCAGGAGCUUCAUGAGAGCUAGCCUUAGUUUGUAAAGAGCAACUUUAGUUAGCGGCGGCGGAGUUAAAGCUACCUGAAGGUUGCUCACAGCUCAGUUAACUUACAUAGUGGGCUUCAGGCAACACGGUUAACAUUGUGUAACUCUUUUUUUGAGGUGGGUAGAAAAAUGGUAAAUUAGGUUUUAAGAUGGUUGUUUGAGGUUGACGUGGAGAGUGUCGCUGCUAAACCAGGCCAUCGCUGUCGGCUAGCUCACUGUUAGCUGCCUGAAACACUGGGCCUUGGUGAAGCCAUGGCAGAUGAAAAUACACAGUUCUGUGGCAACUGCAAGCAUGACAUCCCAGAGGCAAAUUUCACCACCCAUGAGAUCCACUGUCGAAGAAACAUUGCACUGUGUGAUGUGUGCCAGGAGCCGGUGCCCCGGUCAGAUCUGCAGGAGCACAAGCAGCAGGAGCAUACACAGAUUACAUGCAAGUGUGGUUUGAAGAUUGAGAAGAAUCAUAUUGAAGUUCACCAGAGCUCUGAAUGUUCUCAGCGGCUGGUCCCUUGCCAGUACUGUCAACUGGAGCUUGUUUUCAGUCAGUCCAAAGAGCAUGAGGAAUAUUGUGGUGCACGCACUGAGCCCUGCCCAAACUGCAAGUGCAAUGUGAUGUUGAAGGAACAAGCUGUACAUCCAGUCCUAUGUGGGAGUCUCACACCACCUCAAGAGAGGAACAACAGCCGAACAAGUCGCAGUCCAGUAGAACUGCAGUCUCCAGGAGCAUGGUUUGAAGCCCACUCCAUCAGAAAUCUCCUGAGAGCCCAAGAGAAGGGCCCCAAGAAUAACAAUGUCAAUGCAGCAGAACAUCAGGCCUUUCCCCGGGCAUUUGAUCCCAGAGGUUAUAACACUUCAAGGGGACAUCAAGGCUCAGGAGACUGGAAGAAUACUACUCCGAUGAAUACGUUUAGCCACUUUCUGGAGCAGAGUGAUGUCCUGGGUCGCAGCAGUGCAUGGCAGCAGAGCAGUCAGGCCCAUGAUGAGGAUUCAUCAGGCCUCGACUACAUGUUGGCUCUCAGCCUGCAGAGUGAUGGCGAAUCAGUGGCUGGUGGUAUGGAUGGCAGCCUAUGGAGUGACAUCUGGGACCACAAGAUUGAGAAGACGUCGAACACCUCUGUCAGUUCUCCACUCUCUCCCCCCAACAACAACUACCCAAACUUCACAACAAGCACAAGCACGAGUGCAGUCCAGGACUACGAUCAAGCAGAUACCAUGCUGCCUUGUGAGUUUUGUGAGGAGCUAUUUCCUGAAGAGGACCUAAUUUUGCAUCAGACUGGCUGUAGCCCCGCCUCCGCUUUUGCGUCUUUCAGCAAGCAGCCGUCAUCUCCCCCUAAAGAGGACAGGAUGAGCAGGAAUGCUUCAGGUCUGGUGCGCAGCCUCCCUGACACACUUGCUUCCAACAUCCCCACUUUCCCUCGGUCAGUGUCGCCGGCCUCCUACAGUCCUCCAGCCAGUCCACUAGAGGGCGACGUGGUCAUUCCAUGUGAGUUCUGUGGCGUCGCUCUGGAGGAGGCUGUUGUCUUCCACCAUCAGGACAAAUGCGACAUGCGCCCUCAGGCUGCCCAUCCACUUAAUAAUAUAACAAAAGCAUCUGUUAAGUCAGAUCCUGCUAAGGACGCCUUUGGGCGGAUGUCUCCAGAUUUUCAGAGGAGAAUAAAGCACCAAGGUGACUUUUUUGGUGAGCCCCUUGGAUUUACACCACAAGGACAAAACCUAAGGGAAUGGCAGAAAGGGUACAUUGGACUACCGAGUCAACGGAAGACGUCCAACUAUGAUGUUUCUGCAAAAAACCGCCCUCUGCAUGGCAGGGACGCAGAGGGCGCUCACUCAUCUUUCUGUGACACUGAGAAGUCUGGCUCUGAAUCUCUUAAGGGACUACAUCUACCAGAAAAUAAAGAAGGGAGAGGAAACAGAAGGAAUCCGAUCACAAAGUUACCCAAGAAGCAGAAUGAAGAGCAGCAGGAAGAGUGAGAGCAGGCACAUCUGGAGGAAAAAGAUGCUUACCAAAUCUCCUGCUAUAUAUUCAUUUAUCUUUUUGCACACUUAAAAAUGAAACAUAUACUAUCUGAUAAGUGCCUGUGUGAGUAUUACUAUCUUGCAGUUCAUAUUUUGAUGAAUAUUACACUUAAAGUCUAAGUAAUUUGGGUUAUUCAUACAUAUUCUGCUUUGUUUUAUGAAUCUAUGUCUAACAUACAGCUUAAACAGAUAAAUUAUAAAAUGUACUUAAUUUACACUAACUGUACAAGUCAUAUCGUGGCUCAUUUUGGGGAAAUCAGACAUGACUUCGGUCCAUGUUCAUUUGUUGGACUUAAAUUUUAUGUUGUAACUUCAGCCAAGGACAUUUAGUCUCCGCUCCUGUUUUCAAAUUCUUUCAGGGUCUUUCUCAGUAUUCAUUUUGGUUUCUGCAUCUUCACGUAGCCUAAAGCACUUUGAUGGAUUAUUUUGUUAAAAAAGGGCUUGAGGAACAUAUUUGAUAAAUUUAUGCAUCUUUGACCAAGAAAAAAAAAAACUGUAAUAUUGAACAUUUGUCUUUUUAUACUGUCAGAACAUUUGUCUUUAAUACUUAUCAGUAAUAUUUAGAUUUUUGUAAUCAUAUCUCUAGAGCUAUUGUGCUAUGUGAUGUCAUGAUGAGAUGGCUUUUAAAGCAGCAUCUCCUGUCCGAUCCUCUUUUAAGUAGAAUGAAAUUUUGUUGUAAUUCUUUGUGCUGUUCCCACAAAUAGGAUUUAAGACUGAUACAUUUGAUGUGUUUUUGUGUGUAUCAUAGGGUCCACUUUAGAAAUGCUUGCAAACAUAGGCAGCCAUGUGCCACAGAUAGUUGAGGGUCUGCAGAUUAUCCUCCUGACUAGAGACUAUCCCACAACAUUUUGCUGAUCUGAACAAAAACCUCAACCAGAGAGGAGCAACUAAUCAGUGAAACUCCUGGUGUGGUGUUUGGACUUUUAGCACCUAAGGCACAUGGAUCACUAUCCCUGUUGUAGAACGACUGUCUUUAUCCUCCUUGUCUUGUGUGACUGUUAAAUGUUUUAUUAUGUUAUUAAAUGUUUAACAUU